AUGAAAACCGCCUUAAACCAGGUGUUCUUGAUUUUGUGGUUAAAUGCAUUCGGUGCGAAAUGUGAAGUCGAUCAAGGUUUCGGCAACUGCAUGCAAUACUUUUACAAAAGAACCCCGCCAAGUCUUACUCGGAGUUUCGCUGAACCGCCCAAAAGCAUCUGCCAACGGUAUGACAAUGCAUACCACUAUGCCACACUAUACAGCACCAGCUUAAAGAUACCUGUGUAUUCAGCUUACACCCUGCCUGAUCCUUGCUCGGGUUCUCCCAAGCCAGAGAGAAGGUCCACAUGGUUUGUCGAGCCUCAGGUAGGUAACACAUUCGACCUCGUAAUUUAUGAAUCGGAACAAGUUAAUGAUUGGAAUCUUAAUUUAUAUCUCAGUUUGAAAAACCAGCCUUAUUGAAAUCUAGAAAAAUUUGAAAAUGUCUACUUCUGUAAGGUAAAGCCGAACACAGUACAUUCAUAUUACUUAGUCAUCAAUCGACUGAAAAUCGUGUUCCACUGAGAAAAGUACCAGUAUUCCUCUUCUUGUUCGGUGGUUUCACCAACAGAGAAUAAACCAAUGUUCAACCAAUUCAAUGAAAUAAAAUUGGUCAUAUUUUAUUUUCGAAAACGUUUUAUGAUUUUAGCCCUUUUCAGACUUUUUGUUUUUCUCUUAACAGCUUCUGGUAGCCUCUGACACCAGAUCUAAGAGAAAUAUGGAGACAGCUUCCCACCAAACUGAACGCUACAAGACAGUACAGGCGAUAAACGCAGACUACCGUAACACGGAUUACGACCGGGGUCACCUCAAUCCAAACUUCUACCAAUGUGGAGAAGGAAGAACAGCGACUUUUACCUUGACGAACGCCGUUCCUCAAGAUCCCUGCUUCAACCAGCAGUCGUGGAGGAAAAUGGAAGAAGCCGCCAUGGAGACAAUGAGGACAAAUUGUUCUUUUUCCGGCGCUAGACGUUAUUUUGUGACGGGAAUUGUCCAGCAGAGAAUACGAAUUCCAAACAGAGAACAUGACCUGGAAGGAGACGUGGCUCACAGAGAUUUCAAUCGAGUCACCGUUCCUAGUUACCUCUGGACAGCGGUUUGCUGCGAUGCUUCAAGUUCAGGCAAUCGCGAGAAUGGUUUCUCAUUUGCUUACAUCGGCAAAAAUAUUGCUGACUCUUACGUGGACAUUCUGAGCGUGAGUGAACUGGAGGCAAGACUUAUUAGUGAUGACCUUGCUCAUGAUCGCUACCAGGCGGCCAAAAUUUUUGUUGAUGACUGCAAUGAGAAUUCAGCAAAAUCAAAAACUGCACGAGCUCAAGUUGCAGUUCCUGUGAACUUACGAUUGGCAAAUGCAGCGAAUGAUUUAAGCAGGGUGGAGCAAUCAACUAUUCCUUUCAAGAAACGCAAAGUCCUUCAAGGGGUGGUGGGUUUAAUACAAACCAACGGUGUAUCUGCGAAAGGUUACUCUCUUGCUCGCAUAGAGUUGGGCAUAGAUUUACCAAGAGAAGUUGACGUGUUGCGAGAGGCUAGAAAUGCAAUGUACACCAGCAGAGCUAGUUUAUUGCUGUAUAAUGCAAAGGCGUCUCUACCGCUCCUCAAUCGCGAUAAACCCAAGAUCGUCGCAAGUGAUCACGAUUCUUCCAGCUUGCACCAUGUAGCUUCCAACAGACACAUCAAGAACAAGAGCAAGAAAAGGGAAUCAUCUCGGCUGACCUAUCUCAAAUUUCGGCCAAGAGAGCCCAAGUUAGAUGAGAUCGAUGACGUUAAGCGGCAACGCUCGAACGACCAAGCUACUUCACCACCAGUAGACGAGUAUUUGAUCGUUCCAAACCUUGCAGCAGACGAGUCUGAUGUGACAAUCCAAGGCAAGCGCUGCAUAGAUUCCACCUGUGGUUUUAACGGCAAGAAGGAAAAGUGGUGCUACACUGACUGGGCAAAAUCGACGGAGGCCAAAUGCUGUUUUACCCAAUGUAAGUUUAAUGGCGGAAAGAAUCAUCAGACUUGCCAAACAAAUAGCACCAAGUCGACCGAGACCUCGUGUUCAAUCAGAUAUUCUUCCAUCAACGUGAAAGGCCAACGCUGUUUAGCUGAACAUGAAUGCGGCCUCCAUGGGUACAGUUACUACUGGUGCUACAUUGACUUGGACAAGAACUGGGAUUAUUGCUGUCAACCCUGGCACGUUUGUGGCACGUAUACCUACCGUUACACAUGGUGCUAUACCGGCAAAACAAAAGAAUCGAAUUACCAAUAUUGCAGCUAUUAG